CCUGGCUACCUUACCUACUUUCCUGCUUCGCUCUCCGCGCCCCCCGCUCUGAGCGCCAAUGUUUGGCACCCCCGGUUGCUAGGCAACCACCCCUCCCCCCCGCGGCCUACUUGGCCUGGGUGCUUCGCUUGGCAACCGCGGCGGCCUAGGGCGGCGUCCCCGGAGGCCUUUAGGGUUGUUUUGUAAACUCUCAUAUAUGACUUGUAAACUGGACAUGAACAAGAAUUUGUGAUAUAGCCUCUUUACCAGGAUUGAAGAAGACAGAAAGAAAAAAAUCUUUGACAAAUUAAUUGCAGGAAGAAAUUAUCACAUUUUGGCUUACAUAUUUUGCAACAGCGGUAUAACACAAAGAAGUAAGCAAAUAUGGCAGAAGUGUGGCGCCUUUGGUGUCUACUUUUGACCAUAGUGGUGGCCCUGGUAUUCGUGGCUCCCGGGACUCCUACACAUCCUGCCCGAUGGAAGAAGGUGUUGGCCAAAAAGGUCAGCCAGCUGAUGGAUUGGACCAAGAAAGACAGAGUGAUAAGAAUGAGUGACACCAUGUUCUAUCAUUUUGUAUUAGAUGCACCAAAAAACUAUUCUGUUAUUGUGAUGCUUACUGCUCUCCACGAGUUCAAUUCAUGUGUCAUGUGCAAAGGUGCUGCCGAAGAAUUUCAGAUCUUGGCAAACUCCUAUCAAGGCCCUGGUGCAUUCACCACAAAGGUAUUUUUUGCAAUGGUGGAUUAUGAUGAAAGCCCUGAGGUCUUUGAAGUGCUCCAGGUGACGUCAGUUCCGAGUUUCUUCCACUUUUCUGCCCAGUGGAAAUUUACAACAGAUGACAUUUAUAAUUUGAGAGGAAGGGAUAUCGUUGCUGACCAAAUGGCUGAAUGGGUAGCAGAGAGAACACAUGUCAGCGUCAGAAUCAGACAGCCUACAAAUUAUGAUGGUCUCCUCAAGCUGGGGACACUUUUGGCUCUCACUGGUGGACUUGGGUAUUUCUUGAAAUGGAAUAGGAAAUCUAUUUCUUGCAGAAUCUUGUGCGAAGUUUUAACUCUGUGCUUUGUGAUUGUGAUGACGUCUGGUCAAAUGUGGACUUACAUAAGAGGAGAACCAUAUGUCCAAAGGGACCCUCGCACAGGACAUAAGCAUUAUAUCAGCAAAUUUAGUCAGGCUCAGUUUGCAGCAGAAACAUUCAUUAUUUCCCUGUUUAAUAUGUGUGUUACCCUGGGAGUGGUGCUGUUAGAUAAGGCUGCCACCUCGACGAUGAACAUCAUAAAGAGAAAGAUGAUGUGUCUGGCUGGUAUGUGUCUUGUUGCCAUAUUCUUCAGUUGGCUGCUUUCCCUCUUUAGAUUUAAAGUACCUGACUAUCCAUACAGGUUUCUCUGGGAUUAAAAAGGAUCCUACAGAUAUAGACAAUGAAGCAAGAAAUUUGGGAAAAAAAAAAAGUGAAGCAGAAAAAUGUAAACUCAUAACUUUUUAAAGUAAUUGAGAUUUCACCAAAAGAGACCAUAAGUGCCUUCAGUGCUUUCAAAAUCUGUGAAGUAUUAUAGUUUGUGUCUUCUCUGUUCUUAAUUUUUCUCCCCCAGUGUUAUAGAUUACUUCAAGUUGAAUUAUUAAAAUCUUUAGAGAGUACAACUUU